AUGUCGUCAACAUCUUCUAAUAAACGUGAAUUGUCACUUCCCACCUCGUCAACAAAUAUUAAACUUGAAAAACAAUCAAAACAAGAUCCACAUGACGUUUAUGACCCUCAAGUGGCCAAUUAUUUAUCUGGAACAACAAAUAAUGAAUCCAAUAAUCAAUAUGGAAGUGCAGCUCUUCAGCAACAUGAUAGUGUGGGUUAUUCAGCAAGUGCUGCUGCUGCUGCCGCUGCUGCUGAAUUACAACAUCGAGCAGAAUUACAAAGAAGACAGCAACAAUUGCAACAACAAGAAUUACAACAUCAACAAGAACAAUUGCAGCAAUACAGACAAGGUCAUGUUCCAGCUCAAGUACAACAAAGAGAGCAACAACUUCAACAACAAGCGCAACAAGCUCAACAACAAGCGCAACAACAAGCUCAACAACAACAACAACAGCAACAGCAGCAACAACAACAAUUUCAACAGUUUCAACGUCAACUGAUAAACCGUCAUUUGGCUCAACAACAACUUCAACAGCAGCAAGUACAUCAGCAACAGCAAUUAGUACAACAGCAGCAGCAACAACAACAACAACAACGUCAUCAACAACAACAGCAACAACAACAACAAAUAAGAGAAGGUGAUGACUUUAACAAUAGUGAAAAUCUUCAUUCAAGAUAUAUUGAAAAUGAAAUUAUUAAAACAUUUAAUAGUAAAAGUGAUUUAGUUCAAUUUGUUAGAAAAGAAUUAACAGUUAGUGAAAGAAGUAAAAUUGUUAUUAAUUCAUCAAAACCUAAAGCAAUUUAUUUUCAAUGUGAAAGAUCAGGAUCAUUUAGAACUACAGUUAAAGAUCCAGAAAAGAGACAAAGAGUAGCAUAUACUAAAAGAAAUAAAUGUGGAUAUAGAUUAGUUGCAAAUUUAUAUUCUAAUGAAAAGGAUACUAAAAGAAAAGGAAGUAAAACAGAUGAAGUUGAUAUUAAUGAUCCAUCUGGUUCAGAAACACAAAUUAUGUGGGUAUUAAGAAUGAUUAAUCCUCAACAUAAUCAUCCACCUGAUCCAAUGAAUAAAAAAAGAAGACAAAAAAUUUCAAGAACAUUGGUUGAAACUCCAAAAAAUAAGAUUUCUCGAACUCAAGAUGAUGAAGUUCAUCAUCCUCAUCAUCAUCAUCAUCAUCAUGAACAAUUACAAAUUCAUGCUGGAGCAGGUUAUGGAGACUUAACUUCACAUGAACAUUAUCAACAACAACAACAAACUCAAGGAACAACACAUCGAGUAGAUGAUGAUGAAGAAGAAGAUGAAGAUGAAGGUCCACCACUUGAUCAACCUGAUGCAGCAGUUAUUGCAGCAAUUGAAGCUAGUACAGGAGUUGGAUCUCAUGAAUCAUCAAAUGUAGCUGCGGCGGCAGCAGCAGCAGUAGCAGCAGCAGCAGCUUUACAAGGUACAAAUAAUGGUAAUGAACCAAUUGAUGCAAAUGUUGAUCCAAGUGUACAAGCACAUGAUCAUGCCCAUGGAUUAAGAGGUAGAUUUCUAUAA